CCUACGGUGGCGGCGGCAACAUGGCCGACGUGCUGAGCGUCGGGGUGAACCUGGAGGCUUUUGCACAGGCCAUCAGUGCCAUCCAGGCGCUGCGCUCCAGCGUGAGCAGGGUGUUCGACUGCCUGAAGGAUGGCAUGCGGAACAAGGAGACGCUGGAGGGCCGGGAGAAGGCCUUCAUCGCGCACUUCCAGGACAACUUGCUUUCUGUCAACCGGGACCUCAACGAGCUGGAGCGUCUGAGCAACUUGGUGGGCAAGCCGUCUGAGAGCCACCCUCUCCACAACAGCGGGCUGCUGAGCCUGGACCCAGUGCAGGACAAGACCCCCCUCUACAGCCAGCUCCUUCAGGCCUACAAGUGGUCCAACAAGCUGCAGUACCACGCAGGCCUGGCGUCCGGCCUUCUGAACCAACAGUCCCUGAAGCGCUCCGCCAACCAGAUGGGAGUAUCUGCCAAGCGCAGGCCCAAGGCCCAGCCCACCACUCUGGUCCUGCCGCCGCAGUAUGUGGACGACGUGAUCAGCCGCAUUGACAGGAUGUUUCCUGAAAUGUCCAUCCACCUCUCCAGGCCCAACGGAACGUCAGCGAUGCUUCUGGUGACCUUGGGGAAGGUGCUGAAAGUGAUCGUCGUCAUGCGCAGCCUGUUCAUCGACCGGACCAUCGUGAGGGGCUACAGCGAGAACGUGUACUCCGAGGAUGGCAAGCUUGACAUAUGGUCCAAAUCCAACUAUCAGGUGUUCCAGAAGGUGACGGACCACGCCACCACCGCCCUGCUCCACUACCAGCUGCCCCAGAUGCCCGAUGUCGUGGUCAGAUCCUUCAUGACCUGGCUGAGGAGUUACAUAAAGCUGUUCCAGGCGCCGUGCCAGCGCUGCGGGAGGUUCCUGCAGGACGGCCUCCCCCCCACGUGGAGGGACUUCCGCACGCUCGAGGCCUUCCACGACACCUGCCGCCAGUAGCCGCCCGCUCGGCCCCGGGGCCCGCGCUGG